UUUAGCCACUCCCUGAGCCAGCCAAGGUUUUCUUUUUAAAGUCUUUAUCUCCUCCUCCUCCUGCCUCACUCUCUUGCUCAUUCACUCUGGGCUUUGUGUGAGCGUGCAUCGGUGGCACUGUGUGUUAGCGCAUGUCGGGGAGAGAGCAGACCCAGACGAGAGAGAACGAGGGGGAGACCAAAAGCAUUCUCUCUGCACACAGACAACCAAGAAUCAUUCUGCCUGCUGUCAAGGAAGACUAGUACCGGAUAUAAAAAAAAGUAACAAAGGAACUAGACUCAAGAAAGCGAGAGCGAGGAAGAACUGGACUGCCUAAGACGAGGAAUAUUCUAUCACUCACUUGUGUGUGUGUGUGUGUGUGUGUAUAUAUAUAUAUACAGUCACACACACAGCAGACUUCUAUCGGUGAAGCCAGCAAACUCACUCACACUCUCAGACAGUAAAAAAGGGAGGAAGCUGCCUGGAUCUUGCCAAAGAGGUGUGUGUGUGUGUGUGCAGCGAGAGGAGAAUGGAGGAGGGCUCGGUGUCUGUGGCCCCAGCAUGCAACUCUACGACCACCAACGCGGUGCUGAACAACCACUGCGCCGAUGACAGUAUCUCAGCGGCGAGUGCGUCUGACGUGCAGGACCGUCUGUCGUCUUUGGAGCUGCGUGUCCAGCAGCAAGAGGAUGAGAUCACCGUGAUGAAGGCGGCGCUGGCCGACGUGCUGCGACGCCUGGCACUCUCCGAGGACGCGGCCACCACCGCCAAGAAACAGACUAGCACCAAAGGCCAGACUCCCCUGCGCGAGGCCUACUCUAUGUCCUGCAUCGCCAACGGCAGCUCCAGCAGCCGCAAGCCCAGCCACAGAGACCGAGACAGCUCCACAGUUUCCGUCACCAGGAAGGAUACCUUCUCCUCAGCUGCCAAGAGCGGUCAGACAGCGGAGAGGAAAAAGGACAAGCCUCAGAUGGAGGGCAUCAAGGAGAAGGAGGAGUGGCCCUCCCAGCCCAACCAGGCUAACGAUAAACCCUCCCCUGCCAGCCCCGUACAGCCCUCUCCGUCCCCCUCCGUCUCCAGCCACCCCCCAUCACCCCACCCCCCUCAGUCCCAAAGGCAGGCCCCGGAGAGCAAGGGCACCUCCCCAGCCAAAAGGGGUCACAGUGCGAAGCGAGGCACGGGAAUGGAGCGUUCACAGAGUAGUACCUGGGAGAGUGGCGAGGAGAGCAGGAACAAGCUGGUGAAGGCUGCUUCCACCUCCAAACUGCUGGCCAAGGUGGUGAAGAAUGCAGACAAGCAUAAAGACCCAGUGAUCAGCCAAGCCAAAAUGUCAACCCGUGAGAAAAACAGCCAAGCAGAGGGAGAUUACAUCAAGAUGUUCAUGCGAGGUCGCCCCAUCACUAUGUACAUCCCUGCGGACGUGGAGAACUAUGAAGACGUGCGCACAGAGCUGCCUCCGGAGAAACUCAAACUUGAGUGGGUGUAUGGCUACAGGGGGAGAGACUGCAGAGCCAACGUGUACCUGCUCCCUACAGGGGAGAGUGUAUACUUCAUAGCCUCCGUGGUCGUGCUCUUCAACUACGAGGAGAGAACACAGCGCCACUACCUUGGCCACACUGACUGUGUCAAAUGCCUUGCUGUUCAUCCCGAUAAGAUCCGCAUUGCCACGGGACAGAUUGCGGGAGUGGACAAGGAUGGCCGGCCGCUGCAGCCCCACGUGAGGGUGUGGGACUCGGUGAGCCUGUCCACCCUGCAGGUCAUCGGCCUGGGCACGUUUGAGAGAGGGGUGGGCUCCCUGGCCUUCUCCAAGGCGGACUCCGGUACACACCUGGCAGUGAUUGAUGAUUGUAACGACCACAUGUUGACUGUCUGGGACUGGCAGAAGAAAUCCAAAAUUGCUGAAAUCAAGUCUACAAAUGAGGUGGUCCUUGCGGUGGAGUUCCACCCUACUGAUGCCAACACCAUAGUAACCUGUGGCAAGUCACACAUCUUCUUUUGGACCUGGGCUGGCACCUCGCUGGCACGCAAGCAGGGCAUCUUCGGGAAAUACGAGAAGCCCAAGUUCGUUCAGUGUCUGGCCUUCCUCAACAACGGGGACAUCCUGACUGGAGACUCUGGAGGCGUCAUGUUGAUAUGGAGCCGGAGCACAGUGGAGCCGGCCCCAGGGAAAGGCCCCAAAGGUGCGUACCAGAUCAGUCGUCAGAUCAAGGCCCAUGAUGGCAGUGUGUUCACUCUGUGUCAGAUGAGGAACGGGACCCUGCUGACCGGAGGGGGCAAAGACCACAAGAUCAUCCUGUGGGACCACGGCCUCAACCCAGAGAGGGACAUAGAGGUCCCUGAUCAAUAUGGAACCAUUCGUGCUGUGGCUGAGGGCAAGGGCGAGCAGCUUUUGGUGGGCACGUCGCGUAACUUCGUCCUGAGGGGGACGUUUAAUGACGGCUUCCAGGUGGAAGUCCAGGGUCACACAGACGAGCUGUGGGGGCUGGCCUCUCACCCCUUCAAGGACCUGUUCCUCACCUGUGCCCAGGACAGGCAGGUGUGCCUGUGGAACUCUGUGGACCACUGCUUGGAAUGGACCAGGCUGCUGGAUGAGCAUGGACACUGUGCAGACUUCCACCCUAGUGGUGCUGUUGUGGCCAUCGGUACUCACUCAGGAAAGUGGUACGCCCUCGAUGCGGAGACCAGAGACCUGGUGGCCAUUCAUACAGACGGCAAUGAGCAGCUGUCAGUCAUACGCUUCUCCGUAGAUGGCACCCUGCUGGCAGUGGGAUCACAUGACAACUUCAUUUACCUCUACACCGUGUCGGACAAAGGACGCAAGUACACCAGAUACGGGAAGUGCAUUGGACAUUCCAGCUACAUCACACAUCUUGACUGGUCCCCCGACAACAAGUUCAUCAUGUCCAACUCAGGAGACUAUGAGAUCCUCUACUGGGACAUUCCAAAUGGCUGCAAGUACAUCCGUAACCGUUCGGAGUGUAAGGACAUUGACUGGGCCACCUACACCUGUGUGCUGGGCUACCAUGUCUUCGGAGUGUGGCCUGAGGGUUCCGAUGGCACAGACAUCAACGCCCUCAUCAGAUCCCACAACAGGAAGGUGAUCGCUCUGGCUGAUGACUUCUGCAAAGUGCACCUCUUCCAGUACCCCUGUGCGAGACCCAAGGCACCGAGCCACAAAUAUAGCGCCCACAGCAGUCACGUGACUAAUGUGACCUUCAUGCACAACGAUAGUCACUUGGUGUCCACGGGCGGGAAAGAUACCAGUGUCAUGCAGUGGCGUCUGGUGGAGAAGACCCCCUCAUUGGUCCCCAGCGACUCUUCCCUCUCUCUGGGGGAGGGGCUCCUGCAUAACUCCAACCCCCGCGCCACCAUCCCAGCGGUGCCCCUGACGCCCACCCCCACCAAGCCUGCCGUGACGCCAAUCGCGACCCCAACUCCGCCCUCCGUCCUCGACCUGACCUCUGACCCCCCAGCGGUGCCCUGCGGGGAUACGGCCAUCACCACGCCCCCCCCACCACCCACCGAGCCCACGACCAAUGGACGGCAGGAGAGCUCACCUGAAACCCCUCCCCCAUCCGGGAUGACCCCACCCCGCUCAGAGUCUACCCCACCCCCCUCUCACAGCACGCUGAGCCCCAAGGACAGCCUGGACCCCAGCGAUGACACGGCCACUCCUAGCGACGAGGGCCGCCCUUUCACCCCACCCUCGUAAAGAGCGUCACUUGUGAUGCAGCCUAGUGCGCUCUCCUGCUCAGCACUCCCCCCUGGAGGCACCUCGAUGUCACUGCGUUUCUCAGGAGAAGCGCAGCAGGGUUCAAUAUUUGCUGUUCAGGUUUCCUUUGUUUUUCUUUUUAGUUUCUUUUCAUGCUCUUCUUUUUGUUUUGUUUUGAAGUCUGUGUUAAUUGGAUAAGAAUGGAGGGUGUAAGUGAGACAAGCAGUGAUAUUAGUGGCUGAUUUUUUUUACGCUGUCACUCGGCCUUGUGUGAGGAGAGAAUGUUGUGGUUGUUCUGGGUCGUACGGUUAAGUCAAGUCUGCAAAUGAAAGCUCUGUGAGAGGGGGACACACAAGCACACAGACGUGCAAACACUAGCACUAAUACACAAAGACACACAACAUCACACUCCAACAUCACUCCUUGAUCAGCCAAACAGAUGCAGGAUCAGUUACACAGUUCAAAUAUCAUUGUAAUGUUGCUAUCAUAGAUACUCAUAUAGUACUUGAUACCAAGUACUACUUAUGUCUUUAUACACAAGUAUAUUAUGCUACAAGAGCCUAGUGCCUCUUCCCUGAGCCUAGCUAAUGCUAGGCAGGUACCCCUGGCUAAUGCUCACUCCCCAGUCCAGCCCUUUGUCAAUACUCAUCAUAUAGUCUUUAGGCUAUGUUACCAUAGAAACUUAAACCUAAUCCUAGCUCAGUAAUGCAACAACCUGCAGUAACACACCAUAGCUGUGUGACCACACACAACCAGUUAUACGCAUGCAGCUAAUAGCACACACACUCCAUCAUUCUGGAUGUUCAAUCAGGUGUGUGUGUGCGCGCGCCUGCAGACUGCUUCAUGGCAAUAAGCUGUUCUCUCUGGUAAGAGUCCCUGCAGGAAACUCAUCCAUCCAGCCUCGCUGUAAAGGCCAAAAAGGACUCUGAUGAAUAAUGGUCCGUAGGAUAUCCUGUGGCUCAUGGACAUUAUGACCACACUGAACCACCAGCGACACACGUACCCAGGUGACUCUCACCUGCUCGCCCUACCUUAACGUGCUACCAUUUUUUUUUUGCCUUUCUUUUCAUUUUGAUUUAGGAUUUAGACCUUUUUAAAAGCUCGUUCUGGGGGGAGUGUUCCUUCUCUGCUCUAUGGACUGAGAUGUUUUUAAGAAAAAAUACUUUUUUUUAAUUUUCUUUUUUUUUAUUUUAUGUGUGUGCGAGCUGCCGUUUACACGUUGUGUCAUUCCGGAGGAGGGUUUGUCCAGGGUUUGUCCCCCCCCCCCAUUCUGCAGCAACUCAGGACGGGAUCACGCUCACAGGAAUACACAGCCAACAGAGAGCGAGAGAGACUCUUCUCUUCUACACAGUCUUAUCUUUAUCCCCUCGUGGGAAUGCGCUGGUACAUUUCCACAGACAUGGCAUAAGGGAGAGAGAGGGGAGAGAGAGAAAGGCUUUUCUGUUUUUCUGCUGGGAAUGGAGAGAGAGGUUUUUUUUUUAAUGCCUGUCUAUGACUAGGGAGAGAGGGUCCAAUGCUUUCUAUGGCAAGGAAGACUGAAGAAAGGUGGAAGGGAUAUGUACUAAUGUGUAUGUGUUGCAAUGCACAGUAAAGGUUUAGCUAGCUAUACAGGAUUGAAUGAUGGAAGUAUUUUUCCAGGUUUGUCAUUAUCAGAAAGAAGAGCGAGGACUGUGUAAAAGGCACGUGGUGUAGAUUCAUCUUUUUUAUAUAUAUAUAUAUAUAUAUAUCCUCUCUGUUGGUGAGAGAUGAGUGAGGGACUGUAAGUAAAGUGCAUGUCAGUGACGGUGUGGUAAGAUUGGUAGGUGGCAUUGACAGGGUUGUAGUGAAGAGGUAAAGACAUUGGUAAUCCUAGUGAAAGACUGCAUGAGGGCAUGGUUGUAUCAGUGUUAUACAAAUGUUUUCUAACGUUGUCCUCAAAGAUGUAGACUUCCAGCUGGUCCACAAAGAAACUCUUUCUCUUUUUAUAAUAUAAUUGUCUGUUUUUUUUGGUGUGUGUUUUUCGCAAAUCAACAGCUUGUGCAACUGGGAAUGCUUUAAUGUAAGGUAGAUUUAAUGUAGGUAGAUUUUGUCCUGUAGUUUUUGUCAUGUGGUUCUGUAGUUGUAGUGAACAUGGGAUUGCCUUUCCCAGAAUGCUCUGCUUCUGAGUGCAUAGGACAGGGGUGUAUGACUCGUACCCUAGGACAGGGCUGUAUAACUCAUACCCUAGGACAGGGGUGUAUAACUCAUACCCUAGGACAGGGCUGUAUAACUCAUACCCUAGGACAGGGCUGUAUAACUCAUACCCUAGGACAGGGGUGUAUAACUCAUUCCAUGGAGGGCCUAGUGUCUACUGUUUUUUUUUUCCCUUUCAAUUAUGACCUAGACAACCAGGUGAGGGGGACUUCCUUACGGGUAAUCAGCAACCUUAAUUCACCAAUCAAGUAAAAUGGCGGAGCGAAAACCCACACACUCGGCUCUCAGUGGAAGGAGGUUGACACGUGCCCUAGGAUAUCUGGAGUCUCUCCAGAACGCUAAAACACCUGUUUUCAGGGCGCCAUGUGGUCUUGCUAGAUCUUCCCAUCCAAUAAUUGUCCAUUUUGUACAUUCAGGUGUGGCUACUUUAUGUAUAUAAUGGUAUGCCUGUGUGUGUGUGUGUGUGGUUUAUUCAUUUUGAGAUUAUACAGGUAACUGCCAAAAUAAAGGAAACGCCAACAUAAAGUGUCGUAAUAGGGUUUUGGGCCACCACGAGCCAUAAUCGCUUCUAUGCACCUUGGCAUAGAUUCUACAAGUGUCUGGAACUCUACUGGAGGGAUGCGACACCAUUCUUCCACGAGAAUUGCCUUCAUUUGUUUGUUUUUUGUUGAUGACGGCGGUGGAAAACGCUGUCUCAGGCGCGCGCUCCAGAAUCAAUUGGGUUUAGAUCUGGUGAAUGAGACGGCCAUGGCACAGAAUUUGCAUUGUUUUCGUGCUCAUCAAACCAUUUAGUGACCCCUUGUGCCCUGUGGAUGGGGCCAUUGUCAUCCUAUGGGGGGGCAUAGCCAUGGUAGUCAAGAUAAUGGCCAAAAUUAUACGUUACCCUAAGUAUAUGUUAAUUGCUUAAUUAACUCAGGAAACACACCUGUGUGGAAGUACCUGCUUUCAAUAUAUUUUGUAUCCCUCAAUUACUCAAGUGUUUCCAUUAUGUUGGCAGCUUCCUGUAGAUCCACUGAACCAUUACUCAGUGCGUUCUUUCACCACUAGGAGGCACACUGCAGCUCACCCACAGGCCAAGCAUGUACAUACAUAUGCAGUACAGUGUGGAAUAAUAGCUCUAUGAGUCCUCAUAAACUAUGGUCCCAAAUGUGCUCUUCUUCCCCUGGCAGGUGUUAUGGUGGGACAGUGAACUGGCUUUGAGAGUGCCUCCGCCCGCAGUCUAUCUGGGGAUGUCGCUCAUCUUGUUAUUCAAGGAUAUUCAUGGCCAACUCAUCUCACCCCAUUUAGGCUCGGUAGUGGUCUGCCAAUCAGAGUCCUACAUCAGAUAUGUCCCGUGAAUGUUGCUCUGACGAAUUUCCUUGCCAUAAUGAGGGGAGUGGGGGGUGAGGUGAGGUGAGUUUUGCCUAUGUUGGUUAAGAGGAGGGAAAUAUUUUAUUUUAAGGUAGGGAGGGUUAGUAAGGUGUGGGAGAUAUGGACACCAGGGCAUCCUAUGUACUGGGCCCUGACAAGGAUCUGAUAUUUUUGAGAGACCGAGCGGUCCAUUAAUGUCUAUUCAACCACCAUCUUUUGAGUGGAAUUUUUCUGAAGGGCUUGUACAGAAUUAUGUUUUCAAGUUAGAUGGGCUAGUAUCCAAAACACACAAAGGGAAGCGAGUUUAAACACAAAACUCCUUGACUGGUCUGAAACCUCAUCCCUGUGAAUGUAUGUCUAAGUGUCCUGGGGGGGGGGGGGGGGGGGGGGGGGGGGGGGGGGGGGGGGGGCUGGCACACCCAUGCCAAUCAUCCUAGGGAAAAUUGAGUGGGCAUAUAUGUGUGCCCACUCUGAUUAUCAAGUCUUUGGGUUGGGGGAGGGCAAAGGCAGGUGCAACCUUUUGUGAUAUUCAGAAUAAACGGUCAUCACCACCCAUGAUGAUGGUAAUACUGAUAAUGACAAUGUUGAAAUGAUAAAAUGUUGGUAAGAUAUGACUGACAAAUGUUUCACAUGACAAUGUUUGAGCCAAUCUGUCUCUCAUGCAUUCCUGUCAAUAGACAGAAAAAUACUGAAGAUUAAAAAAAAUAAAAAAUGGAAAUAAACAUCUCAAAAAAAGAAAA